AUGGUAUCAUUAUACGAUGUAGGGACCACUUGUUGGUACCCAGAUGAAAAGUUGGGGUGGAUAGGUGCAAGAGUUGUAUCCAAUAAAUUAGAAGGAAACAAACAUGUCAUCAAGAUGGUUUCUGAACAGGAUGAAUCACAAGAGUUCACAGUUGAAACAGACAAUCUAUCUGAAGAUAAUGAAAAACUCCCGCCAUUACGAAAUCCUCCUAUUUUGGAAGCAGCGGAAGAUUUAACCAGUUUGUCUUAUUUGAAUGAACCAGCUGUUUUGCAAGCAAUCAAAUUACGGUACUCGCUGUUGGAUAUAUACACUUACUCGGGUAUUGUCUUGAUUGCUACAAAUCCAUUUCAAAAAGUUGAGCAGUUGUAUUCCCAGGAUAUAAUUCAGGCGUAUGCCGGAAAGAGAAGAGGAGAAUUGGAUCCUCAUCUUUUCGCUAUUGCUGAAGAUGCAUAUAGAUGUAUGAAAACAGAUGGCCAGAAUCAAACCAUUGUUGUAAGUGGUGAGUCCGGUGCUGGUAAGACGGUGUCAGCCAAAUAUAUUAUGAGAUACUUUGCAUCAGUGGAGGAAGACACAGAUCAAGCUUUAGGUAGUGAUCAUAAAGCUGACAUGUCAGACGUUGAAAAACAAAUUUUGGCAACAAAUCCAAUCAUGGAGGCGUUUGGUAAUGCCAAAACUACCAGAAACGACAAUUCAUCUCGUUUUGGUAAAUACUUGGAAAUCUUGUUUGACAAAUCAACAUCAAUCAUCGGUGCUAGGAUAAGAACAUACUUAUUGGAAAGAUCAAGACUAGUAUUUCAGCCAUCUACUGAAAGAAACUACCAUAUUUUUUACCAACUUUUGGCAGGAUUGAACCCGGAAGACAAGAAGGAAUUGGGUUUAUCAACAGCCGACGAUUACAAGUAUACCAACCAAGGAGGAUUUCCCAAGAUUGAAGGCAUUGACGAUGCAGAAGAAUUUCAAAUCACCAAAGAUGCGCUUGCAUUGAUUGGAGUUGAUGGAACCAAGCAAAUGGAAAUUUACAAGAUUUUGGCUGCCCUUUUACAUCUUGGGAAUAUUGAUAUUGCUGCAACUAGAAAUGAUGCUCAUUUGUCAAGCGACGAGCCUAAUUUGGCCAAAGCAUGUGAAUUACUUGGAAUCGAUGCAGUAAAUUUUGCCAAGUGGUGUGUCAAGAAACAAAUCACCACCAGGUCUGAGAAGAUUGUCACCAAUUUAAAUCACAAGCAAGCCUUGGUUGCUAGAGACUCUUUUGCCAAAUACAUCUACUCAGCAUUGUUUGACUGGUUGGUUAACUACAUCAACGCUGACUUGUGUCCUGAAGAAGUCGCUGCAAGAGUAAACUCUUUUAUCGGGGUAUUGGAUAUCUACGGAUUUGAACAUUUCGAAAAGAACUCGUUUGAGCAAUUUUGUAUCAACUAUGCCAAUGAAAAAUUACAACAAGAAUUCAAUCAGCAUGUUUUUAAGUUGGAGCAAGAGGAGUACGUCAAGGAGCAAAUUGAAUGGUCGUUUAUUGAUUUCGUUGAUAAUCAGCCGUGUAUUGAUGUGAUUGAAAACAGAAUGGGUAUCCUUUCCUUAUUGGAUGAAGAGUCAAGGUUGCCUGCUGGUAAUGAUCAAUCAUGGAUUGAGAAAAUGUACCAAAACUUGGAUAAAGAGCCAACCAAUAAAGUUUUCAAAAAGCCAAGAUUUGGUCAAACCAAGUUUAUCGUGAGCCAUUACGCUUUGGAUGUUACUUAUGAUAUUGAUGGGUUUAUUGAAAAGAAUAGAGACACUGUCGGUGAGGGUCAUUUGGAUGUUAUGAAAAAUACUACCAAUGAGCUACUUCAAGAUGUUCUCAGUAUUGUUGAUAAGAAUGCAGCUGAAGUGGAGGCUAGUAAAGCACCAGCAAAGGGUAAAAUUGCCAACAAGAAGCCCACAUUGGGAUCCAUGUUUAAAAAUUCAUUGGUUGAAUUGAUGAAGACAAUCAACUCCACGAAUGUACAUUACAUUAGGUGUAUUAAACCGAACGAGGAAAAGAAAGCAUGGGAGUUUGAUUCAUUAAUGGUGCUUUCACAGUUGAGAGCUUGUGGUGUUUUGGAGACAAUCCGGAUCUCGUGUGCCGGUUUCCCAUCAAGAUGGACCUACGUUGAAUUUGCCGAUAGAUAUCACACCUUGGUUCCAUCUGAUGAUUGGAUCAAGGUGAUGAGGGUUGAAACUACUCAAGAAUCAGUAUCCGAACUCUGUAACCAAAUAUUGACAUCCAAUGUUGAAGACAAGGGUAAAUACCAAUUGGGUAACACAAAAAUCUUUUUCAAAGCUGGUAUGUUGGCUCAUUUUGAAAAAUUGAGAUCCGAUAAGAUGUACAGAUCAGCUGUGAUGAUACAAAAGAAUAUGCGAAAGCGUUUCUACAGACAAAAAUAUCUCGACAUUAGACAAUCUCAUAUCAAAUUGCAAAGUUUGAUUCGUGGAUACGAAAAGAGGAGAAAGAUUAGAGAGGAAAAAGAAAGAGCUGCUGCCACCAUGAUCCAAACAUCAAUCAGAGGGCAUUUGGCAAGAAAGCAAUAUCUCACCACUCUCAACUCCGUCAUCACUUUGCAGAAGUCAAUUCGUGGAUUACAAGCAAGACAAAAUUACAAGACAUUACGUUUGGAAAAAUCUGCAACAACUAUUCAAAAGUCUUGGAAGGGGUACAAAGAGAGAAAGAACUUCACCACUACUCAAAAAUCUGCAAUCAUUAUACAAUCAGCCUUCAGAAGACAAUAUGCUUACCGUGAAUUGAAAGUGUUGAAGGCAGAAGCCAAAUCAGUCAACAAAUUGCAAGAGGUUUCCUAUCAAUUGGAAAACAAGGUUGUUGAUUUGACCCAAUCCUUGACUGCAAAGAUUCAAGACAACAAGGCACUUAUGGAGGAAAUUUCAAACUUGAAAGAUUUGUUGAAACAACAAGGUCAAGCGCAUGAGACAUUGAAGUCGAGGGAAGUUGAGUUUAAUAACAAAUUAGAUGCCACCAGCGCUGAACAUAAACAAGAAGUUGAAAGCUUAAACAGUGAAUUGGCGACUCUUAGAUCUGAAUAUGCAUCAGCUGAAGCCAAGAUUGCUGAAUUGUCCAAGGAACAAUCGGCAUUGAAACAAGAAGUACAACGUACACUUGAAGAAUUGAACAAUGCCAGAAAUGAUUUAGUCAAACGCGAUACCAUUGAAGUUGACUUGAAAGCCCAUAUUGAACAAUUGAAAGCGGAAUUGGCACAACUCAAUAAUCCCAAAAUCAGAGGCGCUCAAAGCAACGGUAAUAACAAACGUCAUAGCAGUGCUGUGGCGUGGAGCUCUCCUAAUUCUAUUGAUAACCCUAGACCGGUAUCAGUCAUUGCCGUUUCCAAUGAUGGUGAUGCUAAUAUUGAUGAUAUUAAUGAUGAAUUAUUUAAACUUUUGAGAAACUCGCGUCAAUUACAUCGUGAAAUUGUUGAAGGGUUGCUCAAGGGAUCCAAAAUUCCUACCUCCAAUGUUGCUGCUGAUUUAACAAGAAAGGAAGUAUUGUUCCCUUCGAGGAUAAUCAUUAUCAUCUUGUCCGAUAUGUGGAGAUUGGGAUUGACUAAGGAAAGUGAAGAGUUUCUUGGUGAAGUUUUAUCAACCAUUCAAAAUCUUGUAUCCACUUUGAAAGAUGAAGAUGUUAUUUCACACGGUGCGUUUUGGUUAUCCAACACCCAUGAAUUGUAUUCCUUUGUCUCGUAUGCUGAACAAACAAUCAUCUCCAAUGACAACUUAUCUAAUGAAAUGAGUGAAGACGAAUUCAACGAGUACUUGAAAUUAGUUGGUGUUGUCAAAGAGGAUUUUGAAUCAUUGUCAUAUAAUAUUUACAACAUGUGGAUGAAGAAGAUGCAAAAGGAUUUGGAAAAGAAGGCGGUUUCAGCUGUUGUUAUUUCUCAAUCUUUACCUGGGUUCAUGGCUCCAGAAAGCUCACCAUUUUUGAGUAAAGUAUUUUCUAGCGGUUCCAGCAGCUACAAAAUGGAUGACAUUUUGUUAACAUUCAACUCAUUGUACUGGUCAAUGAAGAAUUAUUAUAUCGAGGAUGAAGUUAUUGUCAGGGUCAUUACCGAAAUGUUGAGAUUUAUUGAUGCUUUAUGUUUUAAUGAUUUGAUUAUGAGACGCAACUUUUUAUCAUGGAAACGAGGUUUACAAUUGAACUACAAUGUUACGCGACUUGAAGAAUGGUGUAACUCGCAUGGCAUUGAAGAAGGUUCCACUUGUUUAAUCCACGUUUUACAAGCGGCUAAAUUGUUGCAAUUGAGAAAAAACACCAGUGAGGAUAUAGACAUUAUUUAUGAAAUUUGUUUUGCUUUGAACCCAGCACAAAUUCAUAAAAUUGUUGGUGCUUAUAGUUCAGCUGAGUAUGAAACACCAAUUGCGCCAGCAGUGAUGUCAUUGGUGGCGGCAAAGACCAAGGAAAGUUCAAGGGAUGAGAUUUUCUUAACAGUUUCUGCUGAUGGACAUUUUGAGGAUCCGUUUAGAGAGAUUGAGUUGAGGCCAUUUGCUCGUGUUGAAGCUUAUGUUCCUGCUUGGUUGAAUUUGCCAGUGAUCCGUCGUAUUGUUGAAUUGGUGGCUAAAAACGCUUCAGUUCAGGCAACGUUUCAAAAUAAAGAGGAGAAUGGUGUAUAG